GCUGGUUGGCGUGCGAGAGUGACAGUUGGCGACCCAACGAGUCACAUUGGUGCCUUUACGAUCUGGCCUGCAACCCGUGCGUGCAUGGAGCUCACCACGCUGCUUUCCGGAACCGCGAGUCAUUUGAUGCAGUUGCACCUCGCUUCUGAAGAGGAGUCCAGGCGCUUUAUAUCGAGCACGCAGAGCCACUACAGCUGAACUAAGAUGCCUGCACGAUUCCUGACGAUUCGCUUCGUACUAGGUACGCUCAAGCGAAAGGUUCGCCGUGCCAGAGCCGAUCCGCAGUGGUUAUAUCUAUAUGGAGUGAGAUCGUGUUCGUAUUGUUUGAAGCAGUUAACACCGUUGGCGCUACAGCACAUUUCCAAAAGCGGCAUCAUUUUGUGGCAAGUGGCAUCAUUUUGUGCUCUCCACCAGUAGUUAAGGGUUGAAGAUUUCCAUUUGUGUAUGGCGACGCCAUGAAAAGAUGCUAUGAAUGCCACGUAUCCGGUAUCCAAGCACCAGCACGAAGAUAGCAUUGCCCGGCUCAGUCGAGCAAAAUGCACCUUGACACGAGUGAAAUGAUACUGAUGAUCUCCCAGAGGGGUUAUUACAGCUUCAUUUUACCACUCGAUAAACCUCCAAGGGUUCAUUUUACGAAAGGCGCAAUGGAAGACGAAUCCCUUUUCCAAGUUGGCGAGAGUGUCGAGUUCUGGCGGGUCCUACUGCAUUUGAGCGUCCUGGCUUUCUGUCUCGUGGUUUUCGGGAAAGCUCUUCAUGGACUGGAGCACCAAUUCCCACCCUCCGACAAGCAUCAGCACAUGAUCAAGAAAGUGUACCGAGAACUCAUGACUCUAGGAUUGAUCAGCUUCGGAAUCAAGAUCCUCGAUGAAAUACCCGGUUUUGUCAGUGAGAGCAAAUCGAUGCUAGCUUUCGAAGUGGCCGAUCUAGCCAUCUUCUUCCUCACACUCGCGCUCAUCUUGCAGUCCACUGUCAUCUCCCUGCUACUGCGAAACCAAAACGACCGAGCCGAACGCGCCGAGUUGAUCACAACCCAAGAUUUAGUGAACUCAGCUAACAACUCGAAAAAUUCCGAACUAGAAAGACCAUCAUUCUUCGGAACGUUGUUUUGCUGCGGUAGAUCAGCAAAACAAAGGUCAAUCGACAAGGAGCUCAUAGAAUUGCGGUUGCUGCGUCGCUUGUUUCUGCGUCGCUUUGGGCUUCCACAACUUUUCCCGUUCUCCAAGUAUCUGCGUCAUGCUCAAGCAACUCAAAUUUCUGACAUGAUCGAAGUGGAGCCGUCCAUGUGGGUUGCUCUGCUUGGCGUGGCAUGGGCGAUAUGCGGCGUGCUGAAGCUUCUUGAAAUUCUGGACACGGCAAUACCUGAGCGUCAAGAGCUUGUGGAAGCAUUUUUCAUGAUUGCGUGGAUAUUACUGGUGCUCCACGUCAUGGUGUUAUUAUACUUGCGCUCUUGUGUCCACUAUCUGUUGCGGACUGCAACAGACCAUGACAAAAACACACUGAGCUCAGACUUGAAUACCAUUGCUGAAGAGGAGACGAAGGCGCGGCAAAACGAGGACGCAGACAAAGCGUUGGAGAUCAUGAGCAGCAUUCAGGAGCAACACGAGGAGUUCGAGUACCAACGACGCAACAUCUCGGAGAAGCAGAUCGAUGGCGUUGCACCGGAUUCCCCGAAGAUCGACAUUCGGUUCUUCUCGUACAAGGCAUGGCACGUCGCGGUUAUUCUCCUACUCGUUCUUAAUGGGUUUCUCAUCACGCUGUUCGUGCAAUGUGUUUUGUAUGAUUUGGAAGAAAUCUACGAAAACUUCGGUACUCUUGCUGUGGUGUUAGUGUCGCUCCCACUCGCGUUGAAUACGUGUGUAUUUCAACGUCACAUCUUCUACGACUUCGUAAUCGUCAGCAGCACGGUUCGCAUUGACUCACAUACACUCAGUGAUGUGGUAGAAAACUUCAGGGAGAUCGUACAGCUACGUUCGGAGUUCGCAACCUCACUGCAUCAACACAUGAUGCAACAUGAACUCACAAUUGAAGACCUUCAGGAAGAAUUGAAGGCACGAGACGCUACUGGUACCGGGUACAUCGAAGUGGACGACCUCCGAUCUGUACUGGGGAAGUUUGGUUUUCGCUUAACACGUUAUCGCUUCAAUAGUGUCGUGAAGCUACUGUUUGAGCUUCAGGAGACGAUGGUCUCGUAUGCUCAAGUGGUGCGUCUAGUGGUGAUGGCUCAGAGCGAGAAUCUCGUCGAAACUUUACCGGUUACUCAACAUCCUGCACAUCCGUUGCUGCGACCAAGUGUAAUGGUAUACGACCAUGAAGGGCAACCCAGCAUGCUCUCUCAGUCAAACUACAACUUGUACGCAUCAACGCGACAGCUACCGAUGCUUGGCGAGUCGAGUGUGGGGGCAGAACCCAAACCAGACGAUUUUGUGAAGAGUGCGGUGAGUAGUUUUGCUCUUCACCCGAUUUCACAGCGCGGUGUCAACCCAAAUACGCAGUCAGCGAUUGUGCGGCCUAGUGUCAGCUCUCAGGCACUGCACGACAUGUUUAACCUACACGGACUACCGGACGCUCGAUGGUAACUAUCUGUAGCUAGUGUGGAGCGUGUGGUAGUCCGUGUAGGUAGAAAAAGCUGUUAUAAUAGCUUCAUAGUAACCGAUACAAGACUGGCGCCUCCCAUGCAUAUUCGACAAUUUCACAAGAUUAAUUCAAACUCCACCACCGCUGCGCUGUUUGAAGAGUUACUAGUAUUUAACUGGUAUAGAAGGUCGUAUCUAGCACUGUCUUUAUCGUGUUUACUUGCCUUGAAGGUCCGCCUGGGGAGGACUUUCAUAAAAUAAUCGUGGCGGACCAACGUUGACGCUCCGUGGAGACCUUUAUGCUGUAUUUUUUUCGAAGCUCCGAAUGAUCAUCCUUCGGCCACGCUACACUGUAUCGAUCG